UCCGGAAGUGCGGCACCCAGAGGCGGUCUUGUAGCUGGGCCAGCCUGGGGCUUGGUUGUAUGUCCCUGCGGGUCGGUGCGAGGGCGAAGAGGAACCCGUGGGCCCGGGGGAUCCCGGGGGGCCGGACCAGUGUUCCCCAGUUGUGGGAGCAGACGCGUGGGCGCAUCGCGGGCGGGCAGGGCCUGAAGUGCAGGUAUGUUUCCAGUGUCCUCUGGGUGUUCCAAGAGCUACAAGAAACGAAUAAAUCUCUGGAUUUGGUGUCCUUUGAGGAGGUAGCUGUGCACUUCACCUGGGAGGAGUGGCAGGACCUGGAUGACGCUCAGAGGACCCUGUACGGGGACGUGAUGCUGGAGACCUACAGCAGCCUGGUAUCACUGGGGCAUUGCAUUACCAAACCUGAGAUGAUCUUCAAGCUAGAGCAAGGAGCAGAGCCAUGGAUAGUAGAAGAAACCCCAAACCUGAGACUUUCAGCUGUCCAGAUCAUUGAUGACCUUAUUGAAAGGAGCCAUGAAAGUCAUGAUAGAUUUUUCUGGCAAAUUGUAAUCACCAACAGCAACACAUCAACUCAGGAGAGAGUUGAAUUAGGAAAAACAUUUAAUUUGAACUCAAACCAUGUUUUAAAUCUGAUUAUAAAUAAUGGAAACAGUUCAGGAAUGAAGCCUGGGCAGUUUAAUUAUUGCCAGAACAUGCUUUUCCCUAUUCAGCCUGGGGAGGCACAGUCUGGAGAGAAACCUCAUGUCCCUGAUAUAACCAGGAGAUCCCACAGACAUCAUGAACAUCUUACUCAGCAUCACGAGAUUCAAACUCUGCUGCAGCCUUUUCAAUGUAAUGAACAAGGGAAAACCUUCAACACGGAGGCAAUGUUCUUUAUACAUAAGAGGGUUCAUAUAGUACAGACCUUUGGUAAAUAUAAUGAAUAUGAGAAAGCCUGUAAUAACUCAGCUGUUGUUGUCCAAGGGAUAACUCAGGUAGGACAGCCAACUUGCUGUAGAAAGUCUGACUUCACUAAACAUCAGCAAACACACACAGGAGAGAAACCCUAUGAAUGUGUUGAAUGUGAGAAACCCUCCAUUAGCAAAUCAGACCUUAUGAUACAGCGCAAGAUGCCUACUGAGGAAAAACCUUAUGCCUGUAACUGGUGUGAAAAAUUGUUCAGCUAUAAGUCGAGCCUCACUAUCCAUCAGAGAAUUCACACAGGGGAAAAGCCCUAUGGAUGCAAUGAAUGUGAAAAAACCUUUUUCCGUAAGUCAUUCCUCACUUUACAUCAGAGAACUCACACAGGGGAUAAACCCUACAAAUGUAUUGAAUGUGGAAAAACUUUUCACCGUAAGUCACUUCUCACUUUACAUCACAGAACUCACUCAGGGGAAAAGCCCUAUCAGUGUAGUGAAUGUGGAAAAACCUUUAGCCAGAAGUCAUACCUCACAGUACAUCAUAGAACUCACACAGGGGAAAAGCCCUAUGCAUGUGACCAUUGUGAAAAAGCAUUUAGCCAUAAGUCAAGGCUUACUGUCCAUCAGAGAACACGCACAGGGGAAAAACCCUAUGAAUGUAAUGAGUGUGGAAAACCCUUUAUCAAUAAGUCGAACCUCAGGAUACAUCAGAGAACUCACACAGGGGAAAAACCCUAUGAAUGCAAUGAAUGUGGGAAAACCUUUUGCUGUAAGUCAUUCCUCACUGUCCAUCAGAGAACUCAUGCUGGGGAAAAACCAUAUGCAUGUAACGAAUGUGGAAAAACAUAUAGCCACAAGUCAUACCUUAUAGUACAUCACAGAACUCACACAGGGGAAAAACCCUAUGAAUGUAAUGAAUGUGGAAAAUCCUUUCACUGUAAGUCAUUCCUAACUAUACAUCAGAGAACUCAUGCUGGCAAAAAACCCUAUGAAUGUAAUGAAUGUGAGAAAACCUUUAUCAAUAAGUUAAACCUUGGGAUACACAAGAGAACUCACACAGGGGAAAGACCCUAUGAAUGUAAUGAAUGUGGGAAAACCUUUCGUCAGAAGUCAAAUCUCAGCACCCAUCAGGGAACUCACACAGGAGAGAAACCUUACGUACGUAAUGAAUGUGGAAAAACCUUUCAUCGCAAGUCAUUCCUCACCAUACACCAGAGAACUCACACAGGGAAAAACCAUAUGGAUGUAAUGAAUGUGGAAAAACUUUUUGUCAGAAAUCAUACCUUAUUAUACAUCAGAGAACUCACACCGGGGAAAAGCCCUAUGAAUGUAAUGAAUGUGGAAAAUCCUUUCAUCAGAAGGCAAAUCUUCGGAAGCAUCAAGGUAUUCACACGGGGGAGAAACCCUAUAAAUGUAGCAAAUGUGGAAAAACCUAGUCAGAAGUCAGUCCUCACUGUACAUCAUAGAACCCAUACCGGAGAAAAACCUUAUGAAUGUAAUGAGUGUGGGAAAACCUUUUGUCAGAAGUCAAACCUCAGUACGCAUCAGGGAACUCACUCAGGAGAGAAACCCUAUGAAUGUGAUGAAUGUAGGAAAACUUUUUACGAUAAGACAGUUCUCACCAUACAUCAGAGAACUCACACAGGUGAGAAGCCAUUUGAAUGUAAAGAAUGUAGGAAAACCUCCCAGAAGUCAAAACUCUUUGUACAUCACAGAACUCACACGGGAAAACCCUUUACAUGUAAUGAAUGUAGGAAAACUUUCUCCCAGAAGUCAGGCCUCAGUAUACAUCAGAGAACACACACAGGAGAAAAACCUUAUGAAUGUAAGGAAUGUGGGAAAACCUUUUGCCAGAAGUCACACCUCAGCAGGCAUCAACAAACCCAUAUAGGAGAGAAAGCUGACGUAGCUGAGGCAGGCUAUGUGUUCCCUCAAAAUCACUCUUUUUUCCCUUGAACACACAACCUACACCUCUCCGGCUACUAUUAUAGAUUUCUCCAUGCUCAGUCUAGGAGAAUAUGGACACAAAUGGUGACCAUUACCUCCUGGCCUACCAACAAGAAGGUCUUAACCAUGCUGUAACAGAAGUCCUAUCAUGCAGGCUUUCUUGUUCCCAUUUUUACAGCACACUUUGCACUUUAAUGUCACAGAUAUGGCUGUUUUCCUAGAAGCUCAUAUACCAACCUCUGCCAGCUUCAAACAUUUUUUCUGCAACUUCCUCACCUCUCUUCUCCUCCAUAGAAUUGAAGAGAGUUAGGGCCUUUCUCAGGAUUAGGCUUUGUCUCAAGGGAAUGUUGGGGCUGGUUUGAUCUUCUAUGUGGACCACUCAGACUUUCUCUGUGUCAGUAAAAAGUCUGUUUUGUUUUUUAAAAAUCAUUCAUGUGUUCUCUGGAGUAGCACCUAUAACUUCCUUCAAGAACUUUUUCUUUGCAUUCACAACUUGGGUAGCUGAUGCAAGAAGCUUAGCUUUGGCCUGUCUUAGCUUCCAACAUGCCUUCUUCACUAAGCUUGAUGAUUUCUACCUUUUGAUUUGAAGUGACAGAUGUGCACAAUUCUUUUCACUUGAACACAUGGUGGCCACUGCAGAGUGAAGUGGCCUAAUUUCAUUGUUGUGUCUUGGGGAAUGGGGAGCUGGAAGAGAGAAAUAGAGACAGGGAAAUGACUAGUGAAUGAAGCAGUCAAACACAACAUUUUUCCAUCACGUUUGCUAUCUUCCAUAGAGUUCCAGCACACUGAGACAAUUCCAAUAGUAACAUCAGAAAUCACUGAUCACAGAUCAUAACAGAUGUGAUAACUAAAAUCUUUGAAAGAUUGUGGGGAUUGCCAAAAGAUGUGACAGAGAUGUGAAGUGAGCCCAUGGUGUUGGAAAAAUGGUGCUGGUCAGGCUUGCUGAGCACUUCGUGGCCACAGAUCUUUAAUUUGUUAAAAAGGUGAUGUUGCCAAGCAAAAUAAAGUGAAGCUCAAGGGGAGAUGUGCCUCUAUUUUGAUGGGCUCUAACAAUUUGUCUUUUCAUUGGUGCAUUUAGACCAUUGACAUUCAAAGUGAUUAUACAGUUGGAUUAAUUUUGCCAUAUCAUUUUUAUUCACUCCUAUUGUUCUUUGUUCUUGCUUUGUCCUCCACUCUUUUUCUGCCUUUUAUGGAGUUGAUGAUUUUAUACGAUUUUUGUUUCAUCUCGUUGCUUUUUUUUUUUUUUUUUUUUUUUUAUUGAGACAGUCACCCAGGCUGGAGUGCAGUGGUGUGAUCAUGGCUCCCUGCAGCCUCAACCUCGUGGGUUCAAGUGAUCCUUCCACCUCAGUCUCCCAAUUAGCUAGGACUACAAGUAUGCACCACCAUACCUGGCCUUUUCUUUUCUGUAGGGACAGGGUCUUACUGUAUUGCUCAGGAUAGUCUCUAACUCCUGGACUCAAGCCAUCUUUCUACCUUGGCAAGAGCCACUAUACCUGGCCUGUUUUCUCUUUUAUCAUUUUUAUACUUUGGUUUUUACUAGUUGCCCUGGAGUUUGCAGUAUAGACUUGCAACAAAUCCAAGUCCACCUUCAAAUAACACUAUACCAGUUCAGUUACUUUGACUGCCUUCUAAUAGAAAUGUAAUACCAGUUUCUCUCAUAUUCCUAUGUCGUGUUAUUGUUGCCAUUUGUUUCACUUAUAUGUAAGCAUACAUAGCCUUGUAUAUAUUAAAGUAUGUCAUUGGCUGGGUGCCUUGGCUCAAGCCUGUAAUCCCAACACUUUGGGAGGCUGAGGCAGGUGGAUCAUAAGGUCAGGAGAUGGAGACCCUCCUUGCUAACAUGGUGAAACCCCAUCUCUACUAAAAAUACAAAAAAUUAGCUGGACGUGGUGGCACACGCCUGUAGUCCCAGCUACUCGGGAGGCUUGGACAGGAGAAUUGCUUGAACCAGGGAGGAGGUGGAGGUUGCAGUGAGCUGAGAUUGCACCACUGCACUCCAGCCUGGUUGACAGAGCAAGACUCUCAAAAAAAAAGGUAUAUAUAUAUAUAUAUAAUUGCAUACAUUGUUAUUAUAUACAAACUGUUAUAUGUUAGGUCAAUUAAGAAUAAAAAGCAGCCAGGUACGGUGGCUUAUGCCUGUAAUCCCAGGACUUUGGGAGGCCAAGGUGGGCAGAUCAUGAGGUCAGGAGAUUGAGACCAUCCUAGCUAACAUGGUGAAAUCCCAUCCCUACUAAAAAUACAAAACCAAAAUUAGCCGGGUGUGGUGGUGGGUGCCUGUUGUCCCAGCUACUCGGGAGGCUGAGGCAAGAGAAUGGCAUGAACCUGGAAGGCAGAGCUUGCAGUGAGCUGAGAUCACGCUACUGCACUCCAACCUGGGUGACAGAGUGAGACUCCAUCUUACAAAAAAAAAAAAAAAAAAAACCAUUUUACCACCACUUAUUCCUUCUCUAAUGUUCUUUUUAAAAUGUAGAUUCAGGCCAGGUGUGGUGGCUCACACCUGUAAUCCCAGCACCUUGGGAGGCCGAGAUGGGUGGAUCAUGAGGUUAGGAGUUCAAGACCAGCUUGGCAAAGAUGGUGAAACACUGUCUCUAAUAAAAAUACAAAAAAAUUAGCCAGGCGUGGUGGAGGGCUCCUGUAAUCCUGGCUACUUGGGAGGCUGAGGCAGAGAAUUGCUUGAACCUGGGAGGCAGAGGUUGCAGUGAGCCGAGAAUGUGCCACUGCACUCCAGCCUGGGCAACAGAGAGAGACUCUGUCUCAAAAUAAAUAAAUAAAAAUAAAUAAAAUGUAGAUUCAGUUUUCAGAUGUGUAUCUUUUUUUUCCUCUAGAUAAUGUUUAAUAUUUUCUCACAUGACACAUCUGCUGGUAACAAGUUUCCUCAACUUUUGUUUGUCCAGGGAAUGUUUUAUUUCUCGUUUACUUUUGAAAGAAGAUCUCACAGGGCACUGAAAUCUUAGUUGAUGGGUUUUUUUUUUUCCUCUCAGCAUGUUUAAUAUGUCAUUCCACUCUCUUUUUACUUUCAUGGUUCUGAGAUGUUGAAUGUAAUUUUUUUUUUUUUUUUCUGAGAUAGAAUCUUGCUCUGUCACCCAGGCUGGAGUGCAGUGGUGUGAUCUCAGCUCACUGCAAGCUUUGCCUCCCGGGUUCAUACCGUUCUCCUGCCUCAGCCUCCCGAGUAGCUAGGACUACAAGCUCCCGCCACUACGCCUGGCUAAUUUUUUGUAUUUUUAGUGGAGAUGGGGUUUCACCGUGUUAGCCAGGGUGGUCUCGAUCUCCUGACCUCAUGAUCCACCCACCUUGGCCUCCCAACGUACUGGGAUUACAGGCAUGAGCCACCGAGCCCAGCCUGAACGUGAUUCUUAUCUUUGUUUCUCUAUAAGUAAGAUGUUUUCCACUCCACCUUUGGUUUCUUUUGGAGGUGAUGUUUUAUACAGUUGGAGAAUAAUAUGCCUAGGUGUAGGUUUUUGGUAUGUAUCCUGCCUGGUGUGCUCUGAGCUUCCUGGAUCUUUGGUUUGGUGUCUGACAUUAACAGUGGAAGUUGUCAGACAUGAUUUUUGCAGAUGUUUCUUUUAUUUCUCUCUUUUUCCUUCUAGUAUUCUCAUCACUCUAUGUUACACCUUUUCUAGCUGUCCCACAGUUCUUGGAUAUUACAUUCCAUUGUUUUCAGUUUUUAAAGUUUCUUUCAACGUUUCCAGAGCUCAGAGACUCUUUCCUUUGUUGUGUUUAAUCUACUAAUAAGCCAAUCAAAGACAUUCUUCAGGUCUUUUGCAGUAUUUUUUUUAUCUCUACUGUUUCUCUUUUGUUCUUUCCUUGGACUUCUGUCUCUCUGCUUACAUUGCCUAUCUGUUCUUGAAUGCUGUCUCCUUUGUUCAUCAGAGCCCUUAGCGUACUACUCAGAGAUUUUUUUAAAAAUCCCUGUCUGAUAAUUCCAAUAUCAUAGGUGUGUGUGGUUCUGAUGAUCUGUCACUUCAAAUUGUGUUUUUUGCCUUUUAGUAUGCCUUGUGCUUUUUCUUUAUUCCUAGAUAUGAGAUACCAGGUAAAAGGAACUACUGUAACAGUGCAUCCAGUAAUGAUGGGAAGCUGUGGAGGGGAGGGGAAGCUGUCUUAGUCCAUCCACCAGCAUAACUUAGAGCAAGUAAUCUGUAAACAACAGAAAUUUAUUGCUCAAUUUGGAGGCUAGAAAAUCUAAGGUCAAGGUUCCAGGAGAUUCAGUGUUUGAUGAGACCCAUUCCUCAUAGAUGGUGCCAGCUAUAUGUCCUCUCAUGUUGGAAUGGACAAAGAAGCUUCAUUUGGCCUCUUUCAUAAGUGCAUUAAUCCCAAUCAGGUUGGCUUUGCCAUUACCUUUCAAAGGUCCCACCCCUUAAUUCUAGUGCAUUGGAGACUCGGUUUCAACAGGCACAUUUUGCAGGGGGUCCGGCAGGGAACAGAUAUUCAGACUGUAGCAGAAGAGUUCUGGAGUCUUACGACUGGGCCUCAUUGUUUAAGUGAGUCUCUGCUUUGGGACUAUGAACUUCACAUGUGUUUCUCUGUUUUUAUCUUCCCCUUUAGGGAUGACUGGAGUAGGCUGGAGUUGGGAAUUUCCCUUCCAGCAGGUCAUUUAGGAUCUGGUUAUAUGAGAGCAGGUUAGGCUGAGGUUCAGUAAUUUCUCCUGAGCACAAGCCUUGUUAAGAACAGGGUGCUCUGGCAUAUUUUAAGAUGGUUUUCCUUUUUCCUUCCCAAAGGUGGAAGCAGGAAGCAAGUUUUCUCAGGUAUUUGCCACAGGAGCCUGGUGAAGCUCCAGGAGGUAAAUUUUACAAUAUUAUGCUCCCUCAUAACUGGAUCUCCCUGGUGUUUUUACCUCCUUGAGUUGUCCAUAUGGAACCUUCAGCAAUUCACCAGUUAUAGUUCAAGAUUUUCUACUCCAGCACUGGUUCCUAAGGUGGUUUCAGUAGUGAGUCUCUGUUCCUGUAAGCCAUAAAUUCCUAUAUUCACUUCUCUAUCUCUCCAAUCUUGGGGGCAGUGGUUUGCCCUAUGUCCUCUCUUCACAUUCAAAUCCAAAAAGAAUUGUUGAUUUUUCAGUCUCUUCAGCUUUUGUUUUAUUUAAAUUUUUUUUUUAGAGUUGGGGGUCUCACUAUGUUGCCCAGGCUGGUCUCAAACUCCUGGACUCAAGGGAUCCUCCUGCUUUGGCCUCCCAAAGUGCUGGGAUUACAGGCAUGAGCCACCACACCUGACCUUUUCAGCUUUUCAUGUGUUGUUAAGAUGGACUGAUUACUUCCAUUCUUUUUUUUUCUUCCUUUUUUUGAGAUGGAGUCUCACUUUGUUGCUCAGGCUGGCGUGCAGUGGUGCAGUCUCAGCUCACAUUAACAUCUGGCUCCCAGGUUCAAGUGAUUCUCCCUGCCUCAACCUCCUGAGUAGCUGAGAUUACAGGCACCCACCACCAUGCUGGCUAAUUUUUGUAUUAUUAUUAUUAUUAUUUUAUUUUUUAAUUUUUUGAGGCAGAGCUCACUCUGUCAUCCAGACUAGUGCAGUGGCAUGAUCUUGGCUCACUGCAACCUCCACCUCCCAGGUUCAAGCAAUUCUUCUGCUUCAGCCUCCCAAGUAGCUGGUACUAUUGGCACACACCACCACACUUCGCUAAUAUUUGUAUUUUUAGUAGAGAUGGGGUUUUGCCAUGUGGGCCAGGUUGGUCUCAAACUCCUGACUUCAUGUGAUCCACCCACCUCAAGCUCCCAAAGUGCUGGGGUUACAGGUGUGAGCCUCCAUGCCCAGCCUAAUUUUUAUAUUUUUAGUAGAGACACGGUUUUGCCAUGUUGACCAGGCUGGUCUUGAACUUCUGACUUCAGGUGAUCUGCCCACCUUGGUCUCCCAAAGUGCUGGGAUUACAGGCAUGAGCCACUGCACCUGGCUACUUCUAAGCUUCUUACAUGCAGAAAUCAGAACCUGGAAUCUGUUUCUAAGACUUAUCUUCUUAAUGCCUAUGUGGACAAUUAAAGGAUUUUUCUCCUCAGGACUCUGAAUAUGAUGAAUUGUAUUAGUAGACUUUCUAAUAUUGAGCUUUUCUUAGUUUGUGAAAUAAACUCAGAAAGUUCCUUCUUGGUCUUAACAGUCUAUUUCUCUUUGUAAAUAUUAGUAUUUCUGUGGAUUCUGUACUUGUUCCUUGUUAUCCUUUCAUUCUCUUAGGUUCAUUUGGUCUGAUGGAUUCAGGUACCAUUGAAAUUCUGAUAGUUUCAAAAUCUUUUAUCUCCAGGUUUGAUCUCUCUUGUGAACUCUGGAACUGUAUUCCCAAUUGUCAGUUCGACAUCCCUACGUAUGGGACCUCAGAUAUUUCAAACAUGAUGUGUCCAAGUCUGUAUCACUUCUGGCCAUCAUAUUGUUCUUUUAUUUUUCCAAAUUUCACAUCACCAGUAACAAACUAGCUGUGAUCAUGGCAGAUAGCCUGGAAAUAAAACUCCCCUUUUUACCCUCUGCACAGCAAAUUGACAUCAAAUCCUGUUUCUACUUUUUUUCCUUUUAACUAUUGCUUCCCUAUUCUGUAUUCUCACUGCUCCAUCUUCUGAUGUAGGAGGUCAUCUGUCUUCCUCUUUUCCUCUCCUCUGACUCUUAAGCACUUUCCCAUUCUCUUUCUCAGGAAUGGCUGUUAAAAAUGCCAAUAUGGUCUUGUAACUUUCCUGUACUUAGUGAACCUCCUUAUUUACACCCUGUUUGUGAAGUGGCUGUGUUCACCCUGGGUGGACACGGAAUGUUUUUGGCAUGUACAAAGAGAAUUUCAUGCUGCCUGUGUACAGUUAUUAAUUUGUAAGUACACUCAGCUUUUUGUAUCUGUAGGUUUAAUAUCUGUGUAUGUAAACAAACUUGGAUGCAAAAUAUUUGAAAUAAAAUCAGAUGCUUGUAUCUGUAGUGAACAUA